AUGACCAUCCCGCAAAAUGAGGACAUCUUCCCUGCGAAGAUGGGGCCCGAAUAUGUAGGCUUCGAUCACAUCCAUUGGUACGUCGGCAACCCCAAACAAGCCGCUUCAUACUGGAUCACUCGCAUGGGCUUCCGGCCCGUUGCAUAUCGCGGCCCAGAGACCGGCUCCCCCUAUCUUGUGAGCUAUGUCGUCGCGAAUGGCAGCGCUACUUUUGUUCUUACGGGGCCGGUGUGUGGUCCGCCAAGCGAAGGUCCCGAAGAUGGGCUUUUGCGCCAGGCUUCGGACGAGGAGCGGAUCACGCUCGCUCAAAUUCAUGAGCACCUGACCAUCCACGGCGACGGGGUCAAAGACGUCGCCUUCCGGAUCGCGGGUGAUGUGGAAGCUGCAUGGAAGCGGGCUGUUGGAAACGGGGCCCGCGUUAUUGCCGAGCCUCGGACUGUUGCUGUCGAUGGAUAUGGAUCGAUCGUCUCUGCUACUGUUGGCACGUACGGGGACACAGUACACUCUCUGAUCAACCGGGAGCGGUAUUCAGCGGAGGCUCCAUUCUUGCCGGGGUAUCGACUUGUUGAUACCGAAGAUCCGAUCGCGCAGCUUCUGCCGCCAAUUGACUUGCUUGAGAUCGAUCAUUGCGUCGGAAAUCAGUCGUGGGGAGGAGUGGAUAGUAUCGUUCAAUAUUACGAAGAAUGUCUUGAUUUCCAUCGGUAUUGGACAGUCGACGACAAAGACAUGUGCAGCGAGUAUUCUGCAAUGCGAUCGAUCGUCAUCGCUUCGCCAAACGAAACAAUCAAAAUGCCCAUGAACGAGCCAGCAGUCGGCAAGAAGAAAUCCCAGAUUGAAGAAUUCGUCGACUACUACCACGGUGCCGGAGUCCAGCACAUUGCAUUCCGCGCACACGACAUCGUCACCGCCGUAACUCGACUCCAAGCACGCGGUGUCCAAUUUCUCAGCGUACCAGCAACGUAUUAUGCAGAUCUGCGGAAGCGCCUGACACAAGUCUCGUGGACCCUUGAAGCCGAUGUAGACGUGCUCGAGCGGCUGAACAUCCUUGUCGAUUUCGACGAGCGCGGAUACCUCCUCCAGAUUUUCUCCAAGCAUGUCGGGGACAGACCGACGGUGUUUAUCGAGGUCAUCCAGCGCAAUUCAUUUGACGGGUUUGGUGCUGGGAAUUUCAAGAGUCUUUUCGAGGCUUUUGAGCGGGAGCAAGCGUUGCGUGGGAAUCUGUGA